AUGGCAUUCACCGGUCGACCUAUUCGCAUUGCAGGUGCAUCGGGCUCUGCUUCAGACCGUCGCCAUGCUAUUGCUGAAUUUGCACGGCAUUACCCGACGGACCCCGUCGAUGUGAUUAUCGCGGAUUUCAUGAGCGAGUUCAAUAUGGCUACCGCUGCUGGUCGGCGUGUGGACCAGGGAACUAUCGCUGAUGGCGCUGCUGCCGGGGCACCGCCGGCUUAUGACCUUUCGUUUUUGGAGGCGUUAGAACCGGCGUUGGAGGAUUUGGCCAAGUAUGGGAUUAAAUUGACUGUCAAUGCUGGUGUCACGGAUACGAAGGGGUUGUAUGAGGUUGUUAUGAAAAUGGUACAGGCAAAGGGGUUGGAUUUGAAGGUUGCCUGGGUUUCUGGUGAUGAAGUACUACCGGCCAUUCAACAGUCUCUUACCGGCGGAAAGUCUGAAUUCCGCAAUAUUUACACGGGCGAGAAAUUAGCCGACUGGUCCUUUGAACCCAUCUAUGCCCAGUGUUAUCUAGGCGGGCUGGGAAUUGCAGCAGCCUUGGCCGAGGGUGCAGACAUCGUCCUUUGCGGUCGAGUUUCAGAUGCCUCCCCCGUAAUUGGUGCCGCCUAUUGGUAUCACGGCUGGCAGCGUCAUGAACUGGAUAAAUUGGCCAAUGCAUUCGUUGCUGGCCAUUUGAUCGAGUGCAGUAACUAUGUCUGCGGUGGCAACUUUACCGGUUUCAAAGAACUGGAGCAUGGCGGUGAUGGCUGGGCUAAUAUUGGCUAUCCCAUCGCUGAGAUCUCUGCCGAGGGUGAUGUUGUCAUUACCAAACAAGCGCAUUCUACUGGUGGUGCUGUCACGGUUGAUACGUGCACCUCACAGUUACUGUACGAGAUCCAAGGACCUUGGUACUACAACUCCGAUGUCACUGCUGUCCUGGAUGGUAUCCAUUUCGAACAGAGGGGUAUCAAUCGAGUCGCCGUGCAUGGCGUUCGCUCUGGGGCUCCGCCUCCAACCACCAAGGUAGGCAUCACAGCCCGUGGUGGAUUCCAGGCCGAAGCAUGGUGGUUCUUGACCGGAUUGGAUAUCGAGGCAAAGGCACGCAUGUUGGAAGUACAGAUCCGUCACCUUCUUGCUCCAUUCUCUGAUCGUUACACUUCCUUGAAGUUUGACCUGCUGGGCUCUUCAUUAUCAGAUGCACCUGACCAAAACCGUGCUACUGCGCCCUUCCGGAUCGUAGUGCAAGCAAAGCGGGCAGAGGACCUUGCACCUACGCGGUUCUUAAAGCCUAUUACCGAUAAUAUUAUGCAGGGCUACCCCGGAGCUACUUUCCACUUGGAUCUACGUCAGGGAUUCCCGCGGGCUAUCUUCGAGUAUUAUGUGACGUUGUUGCCUCAGAGUGCCGUUCAGCAUCGGGUCCAUUUGCCCUGGAAGCCUACGGCCAAGACGCAAGUCCUUGAUAUCGCCCCUCCACCAGUGACCAAGACGUAUCCGGCUCAACAACCAUCGCAGGCAGUCACUAGUAAUGACAAUCCGGUGAACAUCAAGAAUGACUUUGGCCCCACCGUCCGAGGUCCCCUCGGAUGGAUUGUGCACGCCCGCUCCGGUGACAAAGGAUCGGAUGCGAACUGUGGCUUCUGGGUUCGACACCGCGACGAGUAUCUAUGGCUGAGAUCAUUACUCUCGGUUGAUACAGCCCGUCAGCUCUUGGGAGGUAGCCAUCCUGGCAUGGAGAUUGAUCGAUUCGAGCUACCGGGUCUUCAGGCUGUGCAUUUCUUGUUUAAGAACCACCUAGAUCGCGGAGUUGGGGUUACCACGACGGUAGACUUUUUGGGGAAGAACGUGGCGGAAUACUUGCGGAGCCGACAUGUCGAUCUUCCCGUGCGGUUCUUGAAUCGGGGGAAGCUUUAG